UACAAAAUACUUACUGCUGCUAUAAUAAUACCAUUUCUAAAUUUUCUCCCAAAAAUCUUGUUUUUUAUAUUAACGCAGUCAUCUUGUUUUCUUUUCACUCUCAAGGAAGUCUUACUGGGGAGUAACGCCGUCGCUGUUCGUUCGAUCAGUCUUCAUCUUCUCUUCUUCUGGAUUUAACCCUAGUAAUGAUGUCAGAGACAGCCCUCAGAGAUCUGAAUACGCUAACAUCUUCUGAUAGGAGGAAUGAAACUUCUAGUAAGGGAAGUUUUACAAAACCUUUUGUUGGUAGUGCCAAUGAAAAUGUUGAUGUCUCGUUGGUUUCAACUCAUGUCAAUGGUAGUGAGACUGUGAAUGCCAGUGUAGAGAUUAGUAAUUCAGAAGUAGAGUACAUUGAAUCUGUGAAUUUAAGUGAUGUACAUGACCUUGAUACAAUUCUUAAGACACUUUUAGCUGGAAUGGAUUCUAAGGAUUGGGUUCUGGUUUGUGAAUCACUAAAUAAUGUACGACGGCUAUCAAUAUUUCACAAGGAAUCCUUGCUCGAUAUGUUACAAGAUGUGAUCCCACUCAUAGUGAAAUCCCUCAAGAAUCCAAGAAGUGCUGUCUGUAAAACUGCACUUAUGACAGCUGCGGACAUUUUCAGCGCAUAUAAUGACCAUAUGAUUGAUUCAUUGGACCCUCUGCUAGUUCAGCUUCUUCUUAAAUCUUCACAAGACAAAAGAUUUGUGUGUGAGGCUGCUGAAAAAGCUUUGGUGGCAAUGACUACUUCGAUUUCCCCUAAAUUGUUGUUACCAAAACUUCAACCAUAUCUCAAAAAUAGGAAUCCUCGAAUUCGAGCAAAGGCAUCAAUGUGCUUUUCUCGAAGUGUUCCACAUAUGGGUAUCGAAGGUAUUAAAGAAUAUGGUAUUGACAAACUGAUCCAAGUAGCUGCAUCCCAACUCAGUGAUCAGCUUCCUGAGUCCAGGGAAGCUGCUCGAGCCCUUCUUUUGGAGCUGCAAACUGUAUAUGAGAAAUCUCAUGAUCGCCCUCCUACAACAGUGUCUGAGAAUCCAGAGAUGGGUUCUUGGGAGCACUUCUGUCAAUCCAAGCUCUCUCCCUUGAGUGCACAAGCUGUACUUCGUGUAACAAAUCUCACUCGAGAGGGAAUUGUUAUAGGUUCCUGAUACAAGUUCUAUUCAGCACGUAUGAGCUUUAGUGAGUAAUAUCUUCAUUUACCGUACCAUAUAUGAACAAUAGAGAGCAUUGUCUAAAAUUACCUUCUGCUGCUUUGGUUUUGGUUUUUGACCUUUUUCAUGUAAAUACAGUGAAGCAUUGUGGUUUCUGUAAUUGCUGUUGAGCAAUUAGUUGAGUUGGAAUCCUCUGAUAUUAUUUGCACACGAUUCAUUUCUGGCC